CAAUUUCAGAUUUGAAUGUCUGCAAUCAGGAAGAUAAUCCAGCGGCAACUUUUCCAGAAAGACGAUGAAAGAAUUCAAGCAAUAGUCAAUGUCUCAAAGUUGGAUGGAAAAAAGAAGAAAAACCAGACACUACUAUGUUUAGCAGUCACAAUCGAGCACCCCAUCGCCGUCCGUUUAUACUUUGUGAAAGGGGAGAAAGAUGAUACAUUCAAAAAGAAGGACAGGUUCAAUUUGAGAGAAGUCAGAGAAAUCGACGGAAUAAAUCCGAAAAAAGCAUCACCAGAGUUCCACAUCACUAUCGGUGAUCAUCAAUAUGUGAUUUUGGCUGGUUCCGCUGAGGAAAAGGACGAGUUCAUUCGAGAACUCUACAAGUUGUCAUGCCAAUACCUUCCAGUCCAGAUGCCAGAUUUCUGCAAUUUCUCUCUACCGCAACUUGAAUCAGAAACCUCCAUUAUACCCAUUGAGCUUCCUGAGCAUGAUAUGGCGAUGCAAAGUGAUUAUCAGCCAAUAUCCAACAAGGAGGACGCAGACUUUCGAAAGUUGAUUGCGCGAGCUAAUUUGACUAUUGGUGAAGCACAUAUUUUUGCCGAAAUGCUGACGGAGCAAUUGCAAUCUCUCGAUGGAGCCAACAUCAACUCUAUGAUGGACAGUGAGAAUUCCGUAAACCAGUUGCUUUCGAGUAUUGAUGCAGCAUUGACCGGUGUUGAGUCGGUCGAAAAAGAGCUUGAUCGUUGUGAUGACAUUUUGGCGUUUGUGAGGAACAGUAUCGAAUUGAUCGAAGAGAAAGAUAGUUUAUCGGUGGUUGAAAGAAAGAACAAGCAACGUCUCAACGAGGAAAUCGUUUCAUUUGUCAAUUCGUUGCAGGCUGUUACUGAUUCCCACAUUGAGACUCUGAAACAAGCUAACUUCAGUAACCCAGAAAGUGUUCAAAGAUGCACGGACGCUGCACGCGCUGUUGCACAAUUCUGGCACGGGAGGAUUUCUAAGCCAAUGCUUCAAAUGAAAGCCUAUCAGGACAGAAAUGAUGAGCUUACCGCAGUGGAUGUCUUUGUCGAUAGGCUCAUGUCUCACCUCUCUGCACUGUUCUCGAAUUUGAACGACUUAUCUUUGGAUCAUGAGUGGCAUGAACUGUGUAUUCCAAAACAGUCUCAACGCUUUCGCGCCCUUUCUCCACUCUCUGAUCUUAUCAACUGGCUGAAAACGAACCGUCCAAAGGCUUGCAAUUUAGUCUUGCAAAAGUAUAUCGACAGCACGAAUCUACUUUACAAACGUCUAUUUGACAAUUUCUUUGAGACACUGAUCAACAAAGUUCCAAAAGCUAACAGUUCUGAAAAGAAGUCAAAAGCAAAUGAAUCUGCAAACAUUUCACUUCGUUCUGACAACCAGAGUUUCCUGAGCACCUCCAGUGAAAUUGAUACUGAAGUCUUACCGCAACUCAUCGAAACGGUGCUGGCAGAACUGAGCGCUGUGAUUGACGCAGAGCAAAAGUUCGUUGUCCGCUUCUUCCACAUCAACUCGGAGCUGUUGGCUCAGUUCGAUACGACUUCAACUGGAAGCGGUGAUAGCUCAAGUCUCGGAGGACGUAGUAUGGAGAAACAUAUGAACGAGCAAGUGAGACACGUUAUGGGCAACUUGUUUGACUCGCUCAAUAUUCAUCUUGAUAGUUUCUGUCGGGCGGUUUGUAGGCACAAUCCUAGCAAUGUUCUCCUUUUGUUUGUAAUCAUGUCGAAGAAAGUGCUUCUACCACAAGACCCAAGCUCCUAUUUUUCGAUCACAUUUGGAAGUUUAGUUGUUCUGAUAAAACGCCAGUUUGAUGCAUUUAUUCAAAUGGAAUGUUCCCAGUACUCGGAAGUUCGCAUUGCUAAAAAGACUAGAAUCGGAAUUCUCCCAUCAAUUUUUCGCUUUGCAAACUUUGUGAGACGUGCUGAAAUUAUCUUUGAAAAUGCCGAGAGAAGAACUGACUUGGAGAAGGCAUAUUUCAAUCUUUGCCGGGCGGUUUGUGACGGGAUACAAAAAGCUGCCGCCAAUCAAUACAGCAAGUCUCCGUCGUCUGUAGUCAAGUUUGAAAAUUACCACGAGCUCUAUUUGACUUUGUCGGAGCUAAAAAUCUCAUGUUUGGAUCAACAACGAAAAGAUGCGAAAGCGCUCAAGGAAGAACAUAUUGAUGCGUACGUAAAAGAGUUUAUGGGUCGUCCACUCAAAGAGAUUCAGACGUUCUUCGACAAUGUCAACAACUUUAUCGAAACGCGUGGAAUUCGUCCUGAUGAAAUCUCGUAUCAACAACAAUUCAGUCGCAUUGAGCUUAAAAAGGUAAUUUCACAACAUCCGGGAAAAGAAGUGAAAAAAGGACUCGAGCAACUGUACAAGAAAAUUGAGAAGAACCUGGUUGCCAAUUCAUCACUUUUGCAAGUUGUAUGGAGAGAUAUGCAAGAGCAAUUUGUCAAGCAAAUUGCGGAAUACAACAAACUGAUUCUCACUUGUUACCCAGGCUCGAAGAUUGAGCUCGAAGUUUCCACUGACACUGUACUUCAGUUCUUCUCAGAAAUUGCUCAACAACACUAAUAUUACGACGAAUAAUUUUAUUGAAUUUUGUUGUUUUAAUUCAUUUAAAAUUUAGUUUUAAUUUAUCAGAACUCUAAUACUUACUGAACCAUGCUUUGUAAUAUAUUUAUUUAUCUAUUCUGUAAUAGGUGAACUUCGUUACAUUACUGAUGUCUGUAAUAUAAAUUUACGGGUGUUCCCCAUUCGAAAAUAGUAGUAAUGCUUGCUUUUUUGAAAAAUAAAUGUCUUGCUUGGUGACUUUUA